AUGCAGGUAAAGACAUACUUCAUAGGUUGCCUUGCCUCAUUCCAACGAAGAGCUGCCACCAACUCGAACGUUGAUAACGGUGGAUGCCGACAGGGAAGUGAACAUGUCUACGGCAAAUCAUACAAACAACGAAUUCCUCCAUUUUGGUCACAAGCUCUAGAUUGUCUUCUGUCGACGCGGAAAGUGUGGUUGACAAUUUUAUCCGCUCUCGUCCCUCUUUUAUUGUUCGUUGGCCUGAGUCCGUACGAUGCCAAGUUCAGGUGUCUUUACAUCAUCCUCGUGGUUAUCUUCAACUGGCUCAGCGCGGCAAACGACGCAGUGGUCGUCGCUCUCUAUCCUCUGGUCCUUUGUCCCCUCCUGGGAGUGACAGGGGUGAAGACCCUAGCGCAGGCCUACUUCCGUUCAGUGUCUUUUCUUAUGGUCGGGACUUGUCUUCUAGGCGCCUCUUUCACACGAACAGGUUUGGAUAAAACCGUCGCUUCCCUGAUUCUAAACAAGUCUGGCUCAGAUCCGGCGAUUCUAUGUCUGGCACUGAUGAUGACAUCAUUCCUGUUGUCAAUGUGGAUCAACAACGCAAGUGCAACAGUGAUUUUGACUCCAAUUGCGGGCAGAAUUGUUAGCGAAUGGGGCAGACUCAAUAACCGCAAGAAUCACGUAGCACAUCGGCAUCAAAUCGAGCACCUGUCUCAACUCGCUACAAAUAAUGAAUACAGGGGCGGCUCCGUGGCCCCUGCAGAACUUUCCCUGGAGCUUCCUAGUGAAUCGGCAGCCACUUCCCCUUCAGCAACACAAGAAACAACGCUGCCAACCGAUUCAGGCAGACGCCUUCCUCCUGCGGCAGACCACACUUCCAAUUCCCCAGAAAACCAAGAUAUCAUUAACGUAGAAAAACUACGUCUGUAUUCUACUGGAGAACCGCAAGAGACAUGGACCUACCCACCUGCAGAAGGGUCUGUUGAGGUCCACCUAAGGAGCAGCCCUGCCAUGGCAGACGACACGAUCUCUAUGGCAAGCAGCAAACGCGACAAUGUGAAGGAAGCCGCAACAGACACAGAGCGUUUCCCUCAAAAUCUACGUCAUAUCCGCAACAUGAUGUACAUUGGCCUCGCAUACGCUGCCACACUUGGGGGAAUUUCUACCCUCAGUGGAUCUUUUGUUAACCUUAUCCUUGUGCAACUUCUCGAGACCUCGUACAAGUUCGGCCAGUCCGCAGAACUGUCCAACCCUGUCACUGUCGGCAGCUGGAUGGCAUUUUCGUUUCCCUUUGCACUGCUGACUGCCACUGGUUCCUGGUUUGUUUUAGGUUGCCUGUGGCUCGGAGUCCGCCCAAUGCUUCGGACAGUGUCCCGUCUGCCUGUCAGGGUAAUUCAUGGUAUUGGCUCGAGUCUUCAAAGAUGCGGUAGACGCGUUCGGAAUCUUAUGGGUAAAAUUUGGUCAGCAGGGCUGGCAGUACAAAGCUGGUACCGUCUGAGACCUCGUUAUGCUUGCGUGGAAGGUUCCCGCGCUACCCUGGCAACCCCUGAACUCUGUUCGAUCCAAACAACACAACCUGGAGAUUUGACGGCCACCGGCUCGGCCGGUGGCAGUGUCAGCUCGAGCUCUGACGCGAGUAGGAGUCCAGAUGAAGCUUGUUGUAACCAGCAGAUAGAGGGACCAGCUUCUUGCACUCUGAACUUCGCGCAGCUUGAGGUGCUGGCCUGCCUUUUCCUCUUGAUCGCCGUCUGGCUCACCCGGGUCAGCCUUCCGGGCGGCAAGCCAGGAUGGGCCUCACUGUUCCCAGUCGGAUAUGUAGACGACGCGGUUCCUGUGCUAUUUAUUGGCAUCCUAUUUUUUUUCCUCCCUCUUGAGGCACCAAACAUCAGAUGCUGGGGAAGAAAUCGAAAGAGGAGUGUGCAACACGUGAAACAAAAUACCGGGAGAGGGGGAAGUUUCCCCGCUGCGGUUACCUCCAAUGGAAGACAGGAUGCCUCGGUAGCGCGUGUGGAUGGCCGGCGGGAUCAAAAUUCUGGUUCAUCUGACGCUGUGCUUCAGCGCACACCCGCGGGGACAAGAAAAGUCCGGCAAAAGAAGAAAAACCGCCGCAGUUCGUACACGCCUAUUCUGGUGUACUCGUAUGCGUCCAAGCACAUUGAAUGGGGAGCGCUUUUGCUUCUUGGUGGAGGUUUCGCUCUCGCCACGUCGAUCACCGAAACCGGGCUUGACAAGUGGCUGGGUAGUGCUCUCCUGGGGCUGGGCAACCUCAGCCCUCUCGCAUUAGUCUUUUGCGUGGUGCUGAUCACAUCGUCAGUGACGGAGAUCAUGAGCAAUACUGCAGCAGCUAAUGUGUUGCUACCAAUUCUCGCUAGCGUCACGAGCAGCAUCCCUUACAAUCCGCUUCUCAUGGUUUUACCAGCAACAGUAAGAGACACCAAAUUCCGGAUAGUUGCUGAAAGAGCUGCUCACAGAGACUGGUGGACGGUAUCGUUGGUUCAUGCAUCUUUUCUCAGGUUCCUCCCGUUAUGCGUUUCGUCGUGUCUCUUCGCAGGGACGCAUCCAUUCCAUGGAUCUUUUCGUCAGCGGAUUGCUUGUCAAGAUGGUAUCUGUAUCUUUGAUUAUCCUGGCUAUGUUUACCUGGGGGAGCCUUUUGUUUGACGUUAAUUCAAGGCCUCUCUUGUCUGUGUAGGGCUUCGUGCCACGGUCAACAAUAUUGACUUGGUACGCACUCGCUGUUUUGACCGAUUGCUAUGCAGACAUUAUUUUCCUCAACCACUGUACCAAGGA